AUGGAUGUGGGACACGUCGGCGAAGAUGUUGAGCAGCAGGCGCCAGCCACAGGAUCCUGUGCUGGCGCCUGUCGCGGAGAGUUCCGGUUUGUUUGGAAGGAGUCGGAAGAGCUCAUGCUGGAGUUCGCGGCUCACAUGCCGGGUUGGCGGCAGCUCUCGCGUGCUGACCUGCGGAGACACCGGUGCCUGCGCUUGAACCCACUAUGGUGGCUCUGUAUCUUUGGCUGCGCAGCCUGCAUCCUUCUGGGCCACGGCUUCCACGGAGCCUUUCGCCAGGGAGGGGCCGUCCGAAGCGACGAAUACGAGGUGGAGCGGCGAGCGCGCAUCUGGUGGGUCUACUGCUACUCCGGUGGCUUUGUUGGGACUGUGCUUGUGGAUCUCGUCGCGCUGAUGUCCGCGCUUGCUAGCGAAGGCAGCGGGGAGGAGCGCAACCGCACAGUCCGUUCCUGUGUAGUGGCCAUCCUGAUUCAGCUGUGGUACAUGCUCGGAGAUUUGAACCUGCUCUUCAUGAUGAGCCGAAAGGACACCGUCCUGAUGCACGCGUCGGCCAUCAGCCGGGUGACGUUCGGCGCAGCCUUCUUGGUGGCGUUCGUCAUCGGCCUGCUCACCCCGGCGGGCCAGGCGACCUUCCACCACUGGGCCGAGGGCGAGCCGGACUCGGAGGCCGGUGGUCCACCGCCACGAGAGACCGCGAUCACCUGGAUGAUCCGCUUGGUCUUCUGCCUCUUCAUGGUGGUGGCCUACCUCGGUGCCUCGUCACAAGCGGGUCACGAGAGUUUAAAGCCGAUUCGCGAUGCCAAAUGA